AAAAGUGAAAAUCUGGAUGCUUGCAGAAUUGAUGUAUAUUUUGAAGAAAUUCUUGAUUUGCCUGGUUCGGAUAAUUAUGAGAUUUUACCUCAAUCUCAAUUGUCUUUUAAAGAAAGGGGGAUCGAUUUGGAUCAUAAACGAUUUCUAAUUUUGCAGGGAGAAGUUGAAUUUUUAUCGCAAAUGAAACCCAAAGUACCAAAUGAGCAUGAUGGACACAAGAAUAUAUUGAAGACGUUAUCGGAACUUCUAAUAUAA